AUGUCCGAGGGACGCGCCGCCGGCGACUGGGAGAUCGACGUGGAGAGCCUGGAGGGGGAGGCGGCCGAGGGCCCCGGCGCGCCGCGGGAGGAGGAAGAAGAGGAGGAGGAAGGCGAGGAGGCGGCAGGGGCAGCGGCCCCGCGGCGGGGCGGCGGCGGCGGAGUCGGGGAGCCGCGUAAGCUGAGCCGCACGCCCAAGUGCGCCCGGUGUCGCAACCACGGCGUGGUGUCGUGCCUCAAGGGCCACAAGCGCUUCUGCCGCUGGCGGGACUGCCAGUGCGCCAACUGCCUCCUGGUGGUGGAGCGGCAGCGGGUGAUGGCCGCCCAGGUGGCUCUCCGCCGCCAGCAGGCCACCGAGGACAAAAAGGGGUUGGCCGGGAAACCGGCGAGCCUGGAGCGCAAAGCCGUCUACCAGAGGCACGUCCGGACGCCCAGUCUCCUGGCCAAGAGCAUCCUAGAAGGUUACCGUCCUAUUCCAGCAGACCCGUACUUGGGAGGGAAUUCACCCUUGCCACCCCCUGUAAGUGACAGAAUGAGAAAGAGACGGGCUUUUGCUGAUAAAGAGCUGGAGAACAUUAUGCUAGAGAGAGAAUAUAAAGAAAGAGAGAUGAUGGAAGCUACACAAGCAGCUGCCCUCUUUCUCCCUAACCGCAUGGUGCACGGAGCUGAAUACAACUCGUACAAAACAGCUUUCAACCCUGCUCAAGUUGAUGCUCCAAACAAGGAGUUUUGCAACUUUUUACCAACCUGUCUCGAUCUAACCAUGCAGUAUUCAGGACCUGGCAACAUGGAACUGAUUUCUUCAAAUGUCAGUGUAGCUGCUACCUACAGGCAGUAUCCCCUGUCUUCUAGGUUCUUAGUGUGGCCAAAAUGCGGCCCCAUUAGCGAUGCUCUCCUCUACCAGCAAUGCCUCUUAAAUGCUACUACGGUCCAAGCUCUCAAACCUGGGGCAGGUUGGGAUGCCAAGGUCUCGCAGAUGCAGGACUGUCCAAACACUGAGCAGGACAUCAUGUCUCCAAAACUGGAAAAUGCACUCAUACUGACCCACAUGCAAGACAUUCAGCAGUCAUGCAGCGAGAUACAAUGCCUUCCUCAGGAAGCUCAGGAGAGGUCAGCUUUCUCUCCUCCAAAAAGGACUUUCUCUCAGAUUUCUGACAAGGAUUCUCUGGCUCCUCAAGAACAAGUAUUAAGCAAGGUCAGCAAAGACACUACCAAGCCCCUUCUGCCACUCAAAUACAAUCCAUUUCAGUCGCUGUUCCCACAGACAUUUCCAGACAAAUCUGGAGCAGAGUUGAGAACAUCACUUGUGAAAGAGACUUCUGAAGAAGCAUCUAAGAAAUACAGAGAUUGCAGCACUAAAGAGAACCCAAAGUGCAAGUUUACGAUAGACAAAUGUGCAAAAGACUUCUUUGGGGCCAAACAGGCCACAACAAAACUUUCAACAAUUGAGCCACUGUCAUUUUCAGUUGAAUCCAUCCUUAAACGACCUUCUUCUGCAGUUGCUAAUGUCUCUCAAUAA